UGUCGGAAAUAUGAUUCAGGUUCCUUUUAAGCACGUUUCUAAUUCUAUCUCCGAUCUCACUCUGGGGAUGGACUAUGGUUUAAGCUUUCUAUCCUACCCGAAAAGACACGUCCACUAUUUUAAGCAUGUCAAGAAACUAGCAAUAGACUAUUUUGGUGAUGCGAGGUACCGCAGACGCAUACCAGAAAACUUUCCAAAAAUGAUUUAUUUGAAGCAUGUGGAAUUGAGAUGGGAAGAAGCCGGUCAUGCUAGCCUUGUCUAUCCUUUGACUUUGGUAAAGGCAGCUCCGUCCUUAUGCACGUUCAAGAUGGAGAUUAUUUUACUGGGUGCGGGGUGGCCGAAAGCCAUGGCAGAGGAAAGGCUCGAAAAGCACGAACCGUAUCAUGCACCAAUGCGUGAAGCUGUAGCAAAAAUCAAACACAAAUGCCUCAAGACAGUUGAGUUGUCAGGGUUCGACCCAACCGUACCUUCUCUUGACCUGGUUUCUCUAUUGAUUGACAUUUCUGCUGAAUCGCCACUUGAGAAGAUGGUGAUCAAGUUCCUGGAAGAGAAGGGUACUCCUCAUGCCCUUGAACUCCUUGAGAAUGUCACCAACAAAUUAGGUCCAGCCACUGAGUUGGUCAUAUGUGCCGAGAGAAUUGAUAUUUUUAGAAGUUACAACUUUUUAGCUACAGAUGAAGGUAUUGCAAUUCGGGAUUCCAUGAAUGAAUCCCUAAAAAUGUAUAUGGGGAACACUGCAAAAAAUAUUAACAUUUUGGGCUAAAUUCAAGCCAGUGGUGAUUCAUACAUUUUGCAUAAAUAUAUAUUUAGAUUGUACAAGAAUAGAACUUUUGGAAUUUGGAGUCAUCAAUGAAGUUAUUCUUUCUAUGUUUGAAAGAUAAGAAGAGAGAAGGGAUCCACAGUAGUGAAGGAAAUUCUACUAUUUGUAUAGGAAUAAGGGGGAG